ACACACACACACACACACACACACACACACACAGCAUGUCCGAGAGGCUGGAAGCCGGCUCGAAAGUAAACAACAGCAUGAAGAGGCAGAAAAGAAGGAAAGGACAACAAAAACAACAGCAGAGAGUCGGAGUGGAGGAGGACGCUCUCUCGGCGGACUCUCACUGCGAGCCGCUGCUCAGAGGAAUCUUCCAGAUCGGCAAGAAAAGCCACGACGUGGAGCUCACAACCUCCAGAAUAACCUGGACCCCCAUCCAGCCUGAGGACCCAACAGGUCAGUCGGCAGUGAAGAAGCUGCAGGGGGACUUUGUGGAUCUGACGGACGUGUUCGCUGUGAAGGUAAAGCGCCGGCGCUCGGUCGGUCAGAAGAGCGGCGGCACUCUCCUGGGCAUCACGGUCUUCGUCGGCAAACGCAAAGGAGCCAAACUCAAAGACCACGCCGUCCACCUCAACAACCUGAGCGCUGACCACUGCGAGAUUUGGUUCAAACACCUCAAAGACAUCCUCAACGGUUUCCAGAACAGGCCUAAGUCUCUGAAGGUUUUUAUAAACCCCUCCAGUCAUAAGAAGGAAGCGUAUCAGGUCUAUGUUGAUCAGGUGGCUCCGCUGUUCAAACUCGCUGAUAUACAGACUGAUGUCACUGUCACGGAGAGGAAAGGCCACGCAGUCUCCGUCCUGAAGGAGUGCAGUCUGGAGGAAUACGACGGCGUGGUGUGUGUGGGUGGUGAUGGUUCUGUAGCUGAAGUUGCUCAUGGUUUGCUGCUCCGGGCCCAGAUGGAUGCUGGGAGGGACACAGACUCCAUCUUCAUGCCUGUCCAAGCAGCACUUCCUCUGGGUGUAAUCCCAGCAGGUUCCACUGACGCUGUCGCCUGUUCAGUCCACGGAAUCAGACACCCAGUAACUGCAGCGUUACACAUCAUCAUGGGACACAAGCAGGCUGUAGAUGUGUGCAGUGUGAGCUCAGUGGGCCGGCUGAUGCGGUUCUGUUUCUCGGUGAUGUUUGGGUUCGGAGGUCGGACACUGGCUGCAGCUGAGAAACUUCACUGGAUCCCAAACACGCAGCGCAGAGAGCUCGCCUUCAUCUCCUCACUCACUCACUUAAAGCCUGAAGACUGCGAGUUGUCCUUUAUAGCCAGCAGUGGAGCAGCGGUGGAUCAGACAGACAGUGAGCUGGAGGAUGAGCUGAGCAACGUUGCAGAAGAUGGUCCAUGGCAGACCAGACGAGGCCUCUACCUCAGCAUCAGCAUCAUGUCUAUUCCGUGCCUCUGCUCCAUGGCCCCCAGAGGCCUGGCUCCUUUCACCAGGUUGAACAACAGCAGCAUGGCGCUCGUGGCUGUGGGCAACGCUUCCAGGUCAGAAUUCAUCAAGCACCUGAAGAGGUACAGCAGCACAAACAAUCAGUUCAGUUUUUCGUUUGUGGAGACACAGUGUGUGCGUGCGGUCAGACUGCGGCCACGGUCACACUGCGGCUGGACCGAUGAAACCUCAGAAGAGAAUGAAGAGAGCGACACCAAAAACGCUCCAAUCAUCUCCACUGAGGGAACAUACCCAUGGAAUAUUGAUGGAGAACUGCUGGAGGUGCCUGGAGAGGUGCUGAUCAGAGUUCAUCCCCGAAUCCUCACGCUGUUUGGAUCUGAUGUGGAGGAGGCCGAGGAGAAACCCACCAAAUGUAGCUGCAUUUAAACACAUACAGCACUGUGAAAAGUCAGAGUAUCCUUCAUUUAUUAAAUCUCCAUUCAAAUGGUA